CUCUAUAACUUAUGUCACGUGACUAGUCGCCAAGAUGGCAGCUAAUUCCAUUUCUUUGAAUGUUUUUCAAUUUAUUUCCACAACAAAACACUCAUAAUUUGGCUGACAAUUCAGUUUGACUGCAUAUCUUAGCCGUACUUUAUUCAUAGGAUUCCAUCCGUAAUUUAUAUGUCUCCUCUCUAAUUUCCAUUUAUCAAUCAGUUUCACUCCAUAUUUUUUAUCAGACGGAAAUAUUUCUCUUUCUCAAUACAUUUUAUUUACCAGAAACAUAAGGCCCCUAUCUCUCUCUCCCUAUAUAUAUAUUCACACUGUUUUUAUGUCACUCUGGGUAAGUUAACUUCGGUCCUGAUUCACGCCAAGUAUUAUUCCAUUUCACGUCAGCAGAAUGGAUGAUCACGACAAAAGGGUAGAAAAGCAUGUCAACUCUUCUGACAAAGAGGAUCUGGGUUUCGAUCGCAAGAAAGACAAAACGACUGCCGCGGUUUCCAAGUCUCCGAAACUAGAGCGAUCGAAGUCGAAAGAUCACGAAAGACGGCAUCAUAGCAAAGAAAAAUCCAAACAUCGAUCACGAAGUAGAGACAGGCAGGACAGUCGCAAUCGUGAAAGGCGUCGAAACAGAAGUCGCAGCAAGGAACGACAUCGCAGCCGAAGCAGAGAACGGCCGAAGGCAAAGCGGCACAAAGAGCAGAUCCACAAGAGUAAAGAUAAAAUCAAAGAAGAGAGGAAAGGCAAAACUGCACCUGCAAAAGUGCCUUUAUCUUUGGAGGAGUUAUUGGCAAAGAAGAAAGCUGAAGAGGAAGCUUUGAGCAAAAGGCAUGCUCGAGGUGAUUCAGGUCACAAAAAGUCAUUUGGGAAACUGCCUGCAGCAUUUAGCCGUGUAUUUUCAGAAAAAGAUCUCGAUAAUGGCCGUGAGAAAUAUGACAAGGACAACAAACGGCGAGAACGCAAGGACAAAGAAGAAGAAGACCGCAAUAAACUGCUGGACAUGAAGGACAAAGAGAAAGAAGUGGAGGCUAUUAAGGAGCGAUACCUUGGAAUUAUUAAGAAACGGCGCCGAGUUCGACGUCUCAACGACAGAAAGUUUGUGUUUGACUGGGAUGCAGGAGAUGACACGUCCCAGGAUUACAACCCCAUCUACAAGGACAGGCAUGCAGUGCAGUUCUUUGGCAGGGGCCAUGUAGCCGGAAUUGAUCUCAAGGCUCAGAAGAAGGACCAGUCCAAGUUUUAUGGGGAUCUCCUGGAAAGGAGGCGUACAGAAGCGGAGAAGGAACAAGAAAGGAAACGUUUGAAGAACGUAGCAAAGAAAGAGGCCAAACAGAAGUGGGAUGACCGACAUUGGUCAGAGAAGGACUCGCAGCAGAUGCAGGAACGUGAUUGGCGUAUAUUCAAGGAAGAUUACAACAUCACUUGUAAAGGUGGUCGGAUCCCACAUCCAAUUCGAUUCUGGCAAGAAUCAAUAUUGGCCAAAGAAAUCCUGGAUAUCAUUGACAGUGUUGGCUACAAAGAACCGACCCCCAUUCAAAGACAAGCCAUCCCUAUUGGUCUACAAAACAGGGACAUCAUUGGUGUGGCUGAGACAGGGUCUGGCAAAACAGCAGCUUUCCUUAUCCCUUUACUUGUUUGGAUUCAGUCUUUGCCAAAAAUUGAAAGAAUGGAAGAUGCCGACCAGGGACCAUAUGCCAUUAUCUUAGCUCCAACCAGAGAAUUGGCACAACAGAUUGAAGAAGAGACUAUCAAGUUUGGAACUGCCUUAGGAAUUCGUACAGUUGCUGUCAUUGGAGGUAUAUCUCGAGAGGAGCAAGGUUUCAAGUUACGACAAGGCUGUGAAGUAGUUAUUGCCACACCUGGUCGUCUGAUUGAUGUCCUGGAGAACAGGUACCUUGUAUUGAACCAGUGUACGUAUGUGGUGAUGGACGAGGCCGACAGAAUGAUUGACAUGGGCUUUGAGCCAGAAGUGCAGAAGAUUCUGGAGUUUUUACCUGUCAGUAACCAGAAACCAGACACCGAGGAGGCGGAAGAUGAUACCAAGAUGUUACAGAACUUCAACUCCAAGAAGAAAUAUCGCCAGACUGUCAUGUUCACAGCCACCAUGCCCCCUGCUGUAGAACGACUGGCAAGGACCUAUCUUCGGCGGCCAGCUGUUGUGUACAUUGGCUCUGCUGGCAAACCAACAGAGCGCGUGGAACAAAUCACGUAUAUGGUGUCUGAAAAUGAGAAACGUAAGAAGCUUCUGAGUAUACUGGAGGCUGGCACUGAACCCCCAAUAAUCAUCUUCGUUAACCAAAAGAAGGGGGCAGACGUUCUGGCCAAAUCCCUGGAGAAAAUGAAUUACAAUGCUACAACACUUCACGGUGGAAAAGGUCAAGAACAGAGAGAGUUUGCCCUGGCCAGUUUGAAAGGUGGUGCCAAAGACAUUUUGGUUGCUACUGAUGUUGCCGGGCGUGGUAUUGAUAUCAAAGAUGUAUCGUUGGUCAUUAAUUAUGACAUGGCGAAAAAUAUUGAAGACUAUACUCAUCGUAUUGGCCGAACGGGUCGAGCGGGCAAGACCGGUGUUGCAAUUUCAUUCCUGACCAAAGAUGACAGUAAUGUCUUCUAUGAUCUGAAGCAAGUAAUCAUGAGCAGCCCCGUGUCAACGUGUUCUCCAGAACUGGCCAACCACCCUGAAUCACAACACAAGCCAGGCAGCAUGUUACACAAAAAGAGGAAAGACGAGACUGUCUAUGUCAACUGAAAUGUGUGUGUGUGUGUGUGCGUGUGUGUGGAUGUUGUGCGUGUGCGUGUGUGUGUGUGGAUGUUGUGUGUUUAUGAGUCUAUCAACUGAACUCUGUGUGAUGUUCUGGAUAUGUGUGUAUGUCUAUGGACCCAUGUAUAUGUUUCCACAAGCACAACCAUAUGUGUGUGUAGUUAUGUAAUAUAUAUACACACACACACAUAUAUAUAUAUAUAUAU